AAGUACUUAUUUUGGUGCAUGGAUUCUGAGAUUUCAGAGCAAAGCCUUUGGAUCCAUUGAUUAUGGACACUGGGAGAGAAUAUCAACAUAGCAGCAGGAAUGUGGCAGAGGAAGUCCAUCACCUUCUGACAUAGAGAGAAAAGGGGACCAGGAACCAGUCCACAUCUUCCUGCAGCCAGAAUCUACAUGCUGAAAUUUUCAAAGACCUUCCCCCCACAAAACAGUGUCAGCACCAGAAGAUUAAAUAUUCACUACAUGUGCUUCUGGAAGAGAGUUCAUACCCAAACCAUUAAAUACACUGAAGUUGAAUUUCAGCCAUUUGAUGCAACUUUACCUACUGGUUUUCACUUGACUUUGAAAACACUCAUGGGGCUGGAGCAAUGACUCAGUAUUUAAGAGUACUUACUAUUUUUUCAGAACAUGAGUGAGCUACCAACCAGAACUCAUAUAGGAUGACUCAAACUUAUAGGAAUGAGGGUCCAAAAUGGCAAGGUAUUGAGUAGGAGAACCUGUAAGGAGCAAUGAAGACUAGAAGUAAAGAAAACAAAAGCAACAGUGGGGACCAAGAGGCCUUGCAUAAGUUGAUGACUUCUGCCAAGCACAUUUAUUGAGAUAUACUAUUUGCAGGGGGAAACAUUCCCAAUGUCAGCAGAGCACUAAGUCAUACAAUGUUGGCAAAGAGAACACAGAAUAUCUCAGAAACCUCUGCCUACGGACUGAUAAUCACAUCCCAGCUAGAAGAGUUAGUUCCCCCACAAUGAUUCCUCAGAAGCACUGUUUCCAGCCCUAGACUAGCCUUGACAAGUAAACUGGACAAAGACACAGAACUCAAGUUUCCUUUGUCCUUUCAUCAAGGGUUCUGAGAAAAAAAUCCUAUCCAGAACACCAUCAAGAGUACUAAAUGAAGGAUUUCAAAUAGAAAAGCAGAAGUCAAAUUAUUACCAUUUGAGCCAAACCAGCAAUGUCUUCCCCUGCACAACCUCAAGUUCCUGCCCCGCUGGCCAACUUGAAGAUCCAAUAUACCAAGAUCUUCAUAAACAAUGAAUGGCAUGACUCAGUGAGUGGAAAGAAAUUUCCUGUCCUUAACCCUGCGACUGAGGAGGUUAUCUGCCAUGUGGAAGAAGGGGAUAAGGCAGAUGUUGACAAGGCUGUGACGGCUGCAAGACAGGCUUUUCAGAUUGGCUCCCCAUGGCGCACCAUGGACGCUUCAGAGAGGGGGCGCCUGCUGAACAAGCUGGCUGACUUAAUAGAAAGAGAUCGUCUGCUGCUGGCUACAAUGGAAGCCAUGAAUGGUGGGAAAGUCUUCGCCCAUGCAUACUUGUCAGAUCUAGGAGGCUGCAUAAAAGCACUAAAGUACUGCGCAGGCUGGGCAGACAAGAUCCAUGGCCAAACAAUACCGAGUGAUGGAGAUAUUUUCACUUAUACAAGACGUGAACCUAUUGGGGUGUGUGGCCAAAUCAUCCCUUGGAAUUUCCCGUUGGUCAUGCUCACUUGGAAGAUAGGCCCUGCCCUUUGCUGUGGGAACACCGUGAUUGUCAAGCCUGCAGAGCAGACUCCUCUCACUGCUCUUCACAUGGCAUCUUUAAUAAAAGAGGCAGGGUUUCCUCCUGGUGUGGUGAACAUUGUCCCUGGUUAUGGGCCAACCGCAGGGGCAGCCAUCUCCUCUCACAUGGACAUUGACAAAGUGGCCUUCACAGGAUCAACACAGGUUGGCAAAUUAAUCAAAGAAGCUGCAGGGAAAAGCAAUCUGAAGAGGGUCACCCUGGAGCUUGGGGGAAAGAGCCCUUGCAUUGUGUUUGCAGAUGCUGACUUGGACAUUGCUGUUGAGUUUGCACAUAAUGGAGUGUUCUACCAUCAAGGCCAAUGUUGUGUAGCAGCAUCCAGGAUUUUUGUUGAGGAGUCAGUUUAUGAUGAGUUUGUGAGAAGAAGUGUUGAGCGAGCUAAGAAAUAUGUUCUUGGAAAUCCUCUGAACUCAGGAAUAAAUCAAGGCCCUCAGAUUGACAAGGAACAACAUGAUAAAAUACUUGAUCUUAUUGAGAGUGGGAAGAAAGAAGGAGCCAAACUGGAGUGUGGUGGUGGACGCUGGGGGAACAAAGGCUUCUUUGUCCAGCCCACAGUCUUCUCCAAUGUUACCGAUGAGAUGCGCAUUGCUAAAGAGGAGAUAUUUGGACCAGUGCAACAAAUCAUGAAGUUUAAAUCUAUAGAUGAUGUGAUCAAGAGAGCAAACAAUACUACCUAUGGCCUGGCAGCAGGAGUCUUCACGAAAGACCUGGAUAAGGCCAUAACUAUGUCUUCUGCUCUGCAGGCUGGGGUAGUGUGGGUGAAUUGCUAUAUGGUCUUGUCUGCCCAGUGCCCUUUUGGUGGAUUCAAAAUGUCUGGAAAUGGACGUGAACUGGGUGAGCAUGGUAUUUAUGAAUACACUGAGCUCAAGACAGUUGCAAUGAAAAUCUCUCAGAAGAACUCAUAAAGAAACCAGCAGAGUGAACAGAACCCCUUCAGUAAUGGCUAUACAUCUCCUGUAGUCACCAGUAUAGUGGUGUUUCCUUUAACUUUUUUUUCUAUUGAUUUCUUAAACAUAAGUGAUUCAUCAGUAUUAAUGUCAUGCAUAGAAAACAUGUAGUUUAAUCUGAAAGAAUCAUUAACCUUCUAAUAUGUGACCCCAAUUCAUAUCCUAAAUUGAAAGGGUAGAUUUAGGUACAAACUCUCUGUGACUGUCAUGAUCACAUGCUUUCCACAGUAGCUACUUGUUUAGAAUAUUUACUUGGUAAGGAGGACCAGUCAUGAUUUAGUCUCUGUCCCUCAGUGACUCCUUGAAUUCCUCAACAUGCAUAAUGACUGCAGAGUAGGUUGCUCUGUUCCCUGUGGUUAUUCCCUCUGAGUGUUGUGAAAUGUCUUCUAGAAUGCCAUGCCUACUUGUCAAGUGAAAUGCCUAGCUGGAAUUACAAUGUAAAGCUUAAUAAAGGCACUCUUGCAUGA